UGUACCACAGUGACUUGCCACGGGUCUCUCUUGGUGGAAGGCUAGCAAAGGAGCAACACCGUCCUUUACUUUCACCCCGAACAACGCCAUGGAGGACUCGACUAGUUGACGUUUCCUGAACCUUCUCUUUUAAGCUUUCUUCUUACCGAUCUCUGCGUUCCUUCAAGAAUCCUUCCGCCGGUUUUUAUCGACGUUAUCUCAAGUCUCAGCCCUAACACUGUUGUAAAGAUGAAGUACAUUAUCGGCAUUGGCGGCGUAACCAACGGGGGUAAAACCACCCUCACCAACAAACUUAUCAAGACCUUGCCUAAUUGCUGUGUGGUUCAUCAAGAUGACUUCUUCAAGCCCCAAGAUGAGAUUGAAGUUGGUGAAGAUGGCUUUAAGCAGUACGAUGUCAUCACUGCUUUGGACAUGGACGCCAUGAUGAGCACAAUCUAUGCUUGGCUGGACAACCCAGUAAAGUUUGAGAGGUCGCACGGUGUCAACAACAACAUGGACCUGGACGACGACGAGAUACUCCCUGGAACUGACAAGCAUAAGGAUGAGGGUACCCACAUCCUUAUUGUGGAGGGCUUCCUGCUUUACACCUAUGGACCUUUGAUCGAUGUGCUGAACCAACGCUACUUUAUUUCCAUUCCGUAUGAAGACUGCAAAAAGAGGAGGAACUCAAGGAACUACACGGUGCCAGACCCCCCCGGUCUGUUUGAUGGCCAUGUCUGGCCCAUGUAUGUCAAGCACAAGGAUAUCAUGGAGAACUCAGGUGUUGAUGUUGUACAGUUGGAUGGAACCAAGACGAAGGAGCAACUGUACAACGCUGUUUACGGCGACAUUAUGAACAACAUCCAGAAAUGUCUGCAAUAAACGCUAAACAAAGGUCACCCGAUCGGCUGAACACACACAAGACACAUACACAACCUGCAGGAGGAGAAACCAAACCGCCUUGCUUGACUUCUGGAAGUGGCAGCUCACAAAAUAAAACAUUUUUUUUGUUUUUUUAUUCAUCCAUCAGCAUAAUAUGCUGGCUUUGAAAUAAAUUGUAUAUCGUCAACAAUAUUUAUUGCUUUCUACGCCUCUACACAAGUUGAUAACAAGAUCGAGGAUGGUUGCAAGUCAUUGCUGAAGUCUUCAAUAAAAAGACGCCUCCUGCAACAAAAUA